AUGCCUCUCAACUACAGCUGCACUCGUCCACAGACGGAUAAAUGCAGAUCCAGUGGACUGCAGCCUUACAGCUGCAACGACAACCUGAACAACGCGUUGGGUUCCAUCAGAGUCCUUGGUCUGGAGCUGAUUGAGCAUGAACUGAAACCACAUCUGAACACGGUGCUGACCAACAUUAAGGAGGGACAGAAGGGCGCUGCUGAGCAGGUCGUGGUCAGCGGGAUUCUUCCAAUCCUGGCGCUGUCUCUGAGGAGCAGAGGGCCCCUCACGCUGCUGACGGCAAAACUAGUGGCUGAACUCGCCAAGGAAUCUGUGGUUCGUAAAGGUUUUGGCGACGCGGGCUUGGUUACGGCUCUGCUGUCGGUGUUGACCAGCUCAGACCAGGAACUGCUCCUUCACGCUGUGAGGGCCAUCGCACGGAUGUCGUACGACAGCUCGAAGCAGCAGGAACUGUUAUUGCGUCGAGGUGCGGUGCCUCGUCUCGUCGCCAUCCUUCUUCGUUUUCCCGACAAGGAGACUCUGGAGGAAGUUUGCCUUCAGGCCCUGUGUAGCGUCAGUGGCAUGGGGGUGGCGGAGGAGGCCGGGAUGGUCUGGGAGAGGGGUGCGUCUGUGAGGCCCGAGGAGUCUGUGUUUCACGGCGUCUCUCCUCACACCUGUGGUUUUGCUUCUUCUGUGAUUCUUGUGCGAGCGUCUCGAUGGGCUCCGGGUCAAUACGCGGUCAACAUCGAGGUCUUCCAGCGCUGCUCCUCCUCUUUCUGGAGCCUUCAUGGGAACAAGCGGACUGCUCGCUGGUUCCCCUUCUCCAGUUUGGGGAGUUGUUCAAAUCUCUCCAGCUUGAUCAAGUUCCCAGGGAGGAAUGUUCCUCAAACAAAAAGUCUAAAGACUCGCAUGUUCCACACUUUUCUCUGA